GUUGUUACAUGUUCGAUAUAUAAAAGACCAUCCGUCAGCUUGAUCAUUGUAUUAUCAUCACUCAUCACAUCAACAUCACUCAUUCACUGCCUACUUACCUGUCUAACAUCACCGAUCUUUCAAAAGCAUCAAACAAGUAUUCAUCAUGAAGUCCAUCAGCACUCUCCUCACCGCCGUCCUUUUCCUCUCCGUAGGAAAUGGCCUAACCAUCCCCUCCGACAACGCAGUCGAAGUCCGCGGUCUCGAAGAGGCCCUGGACACCCGCGAGAUCGACGCCAUCAUCGGCGAGCGCGCGGUCAAGACCAAGUACAAGUACGCCAACUUCCCCUCAAGCGGAACGUGCGCGACUCAGAAGUACUCCUCCGGCAACGUCAAGGAUGCCGGUGACGCGGGCGGCCGCCUCGAGGCCAACGGCAAGGCCCUCGGCAGAAACAAGUACCCCCACCAGUACUUCAACCGCAACAACGAGAUUAAGAACUUCUCCUCCAAGUGCAAGGCUCCCUUCUACGAGUUCCCCAUCCUCCAGAACCACAAGACCUUCACCGGCAACCCGGACACCCCGGGCGCUGACCGUGUUGUUAUCAACGUCUCUGCUAAGGACAAGAAGACUGGCUACGUCACCAUCACUUUCUGUGGUCUCAUGACCCACACCGGCGCCCAAGGUGGUGCCUUCAAGGAGUGCAGCUGGAAAUAAGCAGCUGCUAGCUAUUGAGGGGUCGAUGUUCGAGAACGUAUAGAUUGUUCUGCCUUCGCUGGCAAGGGGACGGAUGAUAGAUUUGGGGGCUGCUGUAUUACCCUGUCCGCUCGUUAAAUUACCUACCUACUUUUGGGUUUCACUUGUACAUAGUUCAAUAUGAGACUGUCACAUAUUCCUCCAAGAUGUCUUGCCAAAAUCAAGUGUGAAUAAAAUGUUAUGAGUCAGACUGACGAAACCCGUAUACUCCUGUGUCAAAUUAAUGUCGACGAGGUGCUCUGUUCCUUGUAGCUUGUGGACGUCGAUGCUGUGGUACUGGUGUACCCUACAUGCAUGUCGUUCGAAUAGUCGAUCCUAUGAAAUUGUGAAGUUAAUAUAAACCAAACAUCUGCCAAUAAUUAGUAUUAGUGUCAAAUCUCUAAAUCUUU